UGGUUGAUAUUAUGCAUCGGCUGCUGUUUUAGAAAUCCAUGUGUUGUUAUUUGGUUUGUCAAGACGUUUAUCGUUAUCGUCUGUUCUGUAGUGUGUCGGUAACGGACCGACUUAUAUAUUUUUAAUUAAUUUAUCUUUAGUGUUUAUUUAUUUUAAUAUUUUGGUGAUUUAACAACUUACCGGGUGCGUCGAAACACGACCAAACCAACCACGGUGACGGCGUCGUUGAAAAUAAUUGAUUUGUGAUCCGACGUACGAACCUCUGCUAAUUAUGUGUCAAAUAAUUAAUUCGAUCGGACACUAGUUUGGUUUGUCCCAGCAUUUGAUGCACGAAGACUGUCGAAAACUGAUAUGUUGGGGCUAGAAAAGGUGACGUUGCUACUGGGCAUAGCUGUAGUUGUGAUUCUCAGCGGGGUAGAAGGAAAGAAGAAAAUCCCCAGUUGUACCCAAUGUAAAGAAAUUGCAAAACAUUUUGAAGAGGGCUUGAAAAAGACAGCUAGGUCUAAUUAUGGAGGAGGUAAUACUAACUGGGAAGAAAAAUCUCUCGGAAAAUAUGCUAAAAGUGAAGUUCGACUUGUCGAAAUUAUGGAUGAGCAUUUGUGUUCUGGUGGAUCAAAAGAGUGUCAUCAGAUGCUGGAAGAAUAUGAAGAUGCUAUAGAAUCAUUUUGGUUUAAAGUGUAUGCCAAGUCAGAUGAUACUGAUUUUCAUCGGUGGUUCUGUAUUGAUACGAUCAAGGCAUGCUGUCCAGAAAAUCACUAUGGGCCCGAUUGUGCUGAAUGUUCAGGGGGAUCUUCUAGACCUUGCUUUGGAAAUGGAAACUGUGAUGGAGGUGGAACUCGAGAAGGCACUGGGAAGUGUUCUUGCCACUCUGGUUACACCGGGACACUGUGUGAUGACUGUCUGGAUGGAUAUUAUGAAAGUUUGAAGAAUGAUACUCAUACUGUAUGCAAACCAUGUCACAUAUCAUGUAAGAAAACGUGUUCGGAGGAAGGACCCAAAGGCUGUGAUGAAUGUAAUACUGGUUGGCUUCCAUCUGAAGAACAUGGUUGUCAAGAUAUUGAUGAAUGUGCUGUGGAGGAACCUCCAUGUAACAAGGACCAAUACUGUGUAAAUACAGCAGGAUCAUAUACAUGUUUUAGUUGUAAUGAGGCCUGUGAUGGGUGUGCUGGACCGGGGCCAGAUAAAUGUGACAAGUGCAAGGACGGAUUUACACUUACAGAUCAGACAUGUAUAGAUAAUGAUGAGUGCCAGGCUGAUCCAACUUUAUGUCUUGGAGAAAAUGAGAGAUGUGAGAAUCGACCAGGGACGUACAGCUGUGAGUGUAUUCCUGGAUUUUGGAGACAAGCAGGAAAAUGUGUUCCAAAACCUAAAGAUAAGCCAAAACUGAAAGUUCCCCCGAAAAGUCCCCAAAAGAAGAAAACUAAGAAGACGUCAAAAGAAACACAUGGCCUAUUGACGUUUUGUGUUACCAUCGUUUUAUUUGCUUUGAGUUUUUCUGUUUCAAAUGGCAAUAAGCUAAUAAUUAGUUCCCUUUCUGUUCUGUUGAUAGUGUAUGUGUAUUGGUUUGCGUCUCAGUUUGAUAAGUCAUGACACUGACUUAAGUUUUUGUGUUUUCCUUUUUAUGUUUUUUCACCAAUUAUCUAAUGAUCAAUAGGUGAUAUACUUUGUUUAUUUGAAGAGCAAAAAAAACAACUGAAAAGAUUUGGUGCAGGGGUCAGUUUCCUUGGGGAGGGUAAUCAGUAUUUUUAUUUUUCAGUCUAUAUUGAUGUUGGUUCUGUAUGUUGAACAUUGUUGAACUUCUUUUUUUUGGAGGGGGGGGGUUGUGAAGUGGGUUGAGAUAUUACAAAAAAUGUCAUUGCUUGCAGGACAAUUUUGAAAAUUUAUAUAUCAAAGCCUUUUUCCAGUUAUAUUUUAUUUCUAAUUUAAUAAGCCUAAUAGCUCAAUAUUUAAAUCCAUUUGCAUGUAAUUUGAUCUGUUUGGUAGCAGCUUUAGUUUUGUUUUCAUUUUUGAAAACUUCAUUCAAUGUACAAUGUAUUUAUUUGGCCAUAAUGUGCUAUCCAUAUCAUGUUAAUGUAGGCAAUGCUUUUUUCUUAGGUUCCUGCUCCCAGUUUCAUUGGAAGUAAUAAUAUGUCCUCAAUCUCAGUCAAGGGUAUUUUUUAUUGUGGUUGAAAUUACUGGGUUUAAGCAUCCAGUACUACAACUUGUGUUCAAUGGUUUGCACUUUACAGCAGUCAAUCUAUGUUUUUAUUCAUGUUUGUUAAAAUAAUUAUAAUAGAGUGGGGAGUUUUGCCGAUUUUUUAUUAUUGUAAUAAUAUUUAGGGAUGGGAGGUGGUUAGAUAGGCUGGCAGGCUAAUUUUUUCUACAGCAUUUUUUAUUAGAUAUUUUUAAAACUUCAGUCUGUAUAUCAUGAGGUAAUAAUGUAACAAUGGAUUUGCUUGUUCUGAUCAUGGAGAGUUUCAUCUGUUUAAUAUAAAAGUCAUUCAUUCAUGCUGUUAAAGAUCAGAGAUGUUUUAGAGAAUAUAUAGUGAUCUACAAUCAAAGUAAAUUUUAUUGUCUCGUCUUUACAAACUAAAUGGGUGUGAGGUAAUACUUUUCCAUUUAAUUCUGCAGAAUUCAUGUUUCAAUUAUGUGGAAAAUUUAUAUGUAAUGUUUUUCCCCAUCUAAAUAAUGUAGGGAUGGGAAUUCUCCUCGGAUCUGUGAUUUUUCUCUCAUGGAACAUUGCGUUUCCUCACAUUUUAAUCGUCCUUUCCCCUAAAAUGUGUCAGAUGGCACAGAUUUUAACCUAGGUUUUCAAGAAUUUCCAGGAACCCUCUAGAUUUCCUCUUUUUUACAGUUCACCAAUUCCCACCCCUGAUAAUGAGAUUUGGUAGCUGUUAAUGAUUCUGCACAUUUAUUAUGAUAUCUUUUUUACGUUUUUUUAAUAUUAGUAUGUGUAGGGUUUAUGUGUUAUUACAUGGUGAAUACAAUGAUUAACCAUAAGCAAUUAUUGCUCAACAGUAUAACAGACACAUUGUUUGAUCAAAUAAAGGAGGGCGACAUAUCUUGGAACACACAGUCAACUUUUUCUGUGCACACAUGCAUAUAAACACAAAAUGUAAUAUACAAUUUUGAUUGCUAAAUGAUAAUUACUAGUAUUCCAAGUUAAGUGAAGGUACAGAGUUGAAUGAAUAAACAUGAAGUCUGAAGACCACUUAUAACUGUAUAUAAUUGUUUUUGUUACAGUAUUAAUGGCAUUUCUGUGUUCUAUUUCUUGAUGUGUUUGAAUUAUGUCUGACACGCCUGAAAUCACUUGGUGCAUAUUAGUAGCAGUGUAGAUAUAGAAUGAAUUUAUGCAUUGUUUCAAAAUGUUUUUAUCAUGACAUGAAUAUUCAGUCUCAUUGAAAUCUAGAUCUUACUUACAAUCUGCCUUUACCUAUGUUAACAAAUCUGACAAGAGCCACAGUCAUUGUGUGUUUGGUGACCUUUCAUGACACCGAGUCAUUCACAUUGUUUAAUUACAUUGAAAAGCUAGACACGCUGAAUGACAAAGUCUUCCACCCAGAGAGACUUUAACAACUAAAUGAGUAGGUGUGUGGCCACUACAUCAACUUCUCUUUCACUAACCACUAACCACUAACCCACUGUCCUGGACAGACAGCCCAGAUUGCCGACGUUUGUGCUCAGGAUAGUGUGCUUGAACCUUACUUGAAUAUUAGCAUGAAAAUAAAUUUAAAUGAAAUGAAACAACAAAGCAAUUCAUUUGAACACCAAAACAUUAGUAGUCAGUGUUAACAUUCGUCAAAUAAACAGUUGUCUGGGCAUGCAGUAACAUUGGCUUUUGUCAGAUCUACUGACAUACUCAAAGUCAGAAUGACCAGUAAGAUUUGUUUGUAGUUACCGGUACAUUGAAUGACAGAUUUUCACAGUGUAGAUAACAUUCAGAUGCACAAAAUAAUUGUUUGAUAUUUUAUUUAUACGACUUGAAAGAAAGACUGAGAUAGGCCAGUAAACCAUGACAAUUGAUGUAUUUUUACUGUUGUGUAAAGCAACUGUAAUUUGUCUGGUGGGAUUAUAUAUCUCGGAGGAUUCAUUUUGUUUUUUUAUGUGAAAGUAAAAUAAAACUAGUCUUUGUUAAA